AUGUCUGUGGGCCAGUUUAGAAAAAAAUUAAAAAAUAUUUUUAUUUGUUUGUUAUCUUGGGUAUCUAUCUUUUAGUAAAUUAAUAAAAAUAGUUACAACUUACAGUAGAAGAACAAAAAUUUGUAAUUUUUUUUGUCAUAACACAUUCCAUAGACCGUCUAUGUAAUGUUUCUAUUGUGUAAAUAUUGUUUCCAAAAAUAACGUAAAACUGUAACUCAUCUGACUAGGCUAAGCAUAAUGGGUGGAUUAUUUAGCAAAAGCAAAAAGCCUGUAAGUAGAGUAACAGAGCAGGAUAAAGCCGUCCUGCAGCUCAAACAACAAAGAGAUAAGCUGAAACAGUAUCAGAAGAAAAUAGAGCUGAACCUCGAAAGAGACAGGCAGUUAGCAAAGAAACUUUUAUCGGAAGAUAAACGCGACAAGGCGAAGUUACUUUUGAAAAAGAAAAAGUAUCAAGAAAAUCUUUUGCAGAAUGCUGAUAUACAGCUGGAGAAAUUAGAACAGCUUACACAUGAUUUAGAGUUCACACAAAUUGAAGUACAGGUGCUUGAUGGCUUGAAGACUGGAAAUAUAGCUUUAAAGAAAGUUCAUGAUAUCCUCAAUAUUGAUGAAAUAGAAAAGAUAUUGGAUGAAACAAAAGAAGGCAUUGAGAAACAGAGAGAAAUAGAUGAGCUAAUUUCAGGACAAUUGACUGAAGAAGAUGAUGAAGCAAUUGAAGCUGAACUUAAAACAAUUCUUGAUGUCAAGCAUGAACUGCCAGAGGUUCCUACUGAUGAAUUGCCUGAAGUGGUUGAGGAAAAGACACCAGAAAGACCUCAAAGAGUAAAAUCUAGUUCAAAGAAAAUUGCUGUUGAGGCUUAAUAAAAUAUUUAUUUUUUUAUUCUAUUGUAUCAAAGUGUAAUUAAUAUAUUUUAUUAUUCCA